AUGGCAGCUGCAAUGGGAGAAGGAGAGUCCGUUUUGGAAUCCUUGGACAUGGAGUGGCAGGAGAGGGGUGAUCAUGAAGCAGCCACACCAAAGAAAGGGAAAAAACGGAAAUCUGAUGGUGGAGAGACGGGUGAGAAACUUAAACCCAAAGCAAAAGCCAAAACGAAGGCCCGGAAUGUGAACAGAACGAUUGUGAAGAAGUGCAAGGGUUGCCGCAAGAAGCUGCAGGUGGGGGAAGCUGCGCCAAACUGGCCAGGUUGUUGGCCUUGCAAAAGAGCACUUGACAAUGUCUCCAAGUUGGCAUCUCGCCAAGGAAAGAAGCAACAGCAGUUUGUGAAGGAGGCCAGAGCGGACGAUGAGAAGUGCUACAACCUCAUCCAAUCCUACCUGGCAAAUUGCCCUGAGGCAGGUGAAGGGCAAAACAGCUGUGGCAGAAAGCGUGGGACAUGGUGCCUCUUGAAGUAUGUGGAGCGAGUGACAGCUGCUAGCGGGCUUGUGAGAGACAAAGUUGGUGAGAUGAUGUGGGAGAAGCUGUAUUUGGAGCACGCUCAAACGACGCGGGGUGGGAAGCUCAGGGAAGAAGAAGCCCAAAUGAAGUGGCUUGAGUGGGUCGAUGGUGUUAAGCGAAAGGACCCUGCCAUACUCUUUGACUACAUGGGGCCUGAUGCGAAGUUGAGGAUUUGGGUCCAUACCGCAGAUACAAUGACCUACCGCAGUGAGUACAUGCACCACAAGGAGAUCCACAUGGAAGGGGAUAGCAAGAAGAAGGCGACGGAUGAAGAUGUUGAGACCUUCCGCCCUCAGAUCUUGCAGAACCAUGGUAAGAACAUGUCAUUCGAUUCCAUUGGGCAAGCCAUGGUUGGCAAUGGCAUGGAUGCAUUCUCUUCCAAUGAUGGCUUUUUGCUUGACGUUCUCGACUUGCAGCCUGAUGUUGAGAUGGAAGAGGACAGUGGUAAAAACAAGACAGAGGGCCCAGAGGCAAACAAAAAAGAGGAGGAAAAGCCAUUACUUUGGGUGGAGCGAGACAGGGUUGUAUCUUCUACCAUUCGUGCCACCAGGCAGCAGAUCGAUACCUUCGUGAACAAAGCUGUCGCGCAGUUGGAGAAGCAGGAGCAGGCCAAAAAAGAGAUCUUGGCGGAUGUGGAGACGAGCUUCUCGGAGAACUAUGCAGGUGAAAUCAAAAUGCUUGAGAUUCGCCUGGAGGCAAUGGACCUUUGCUUCAAGUCGAAGGAUGAAGAGAAGCUGAAACAGUACAUCGCUCGUUUCUCAGGUGUCCCAGCCACAGCUGAUGAGGCGGCGAGUGAGAAGGUUGAAAUUGGCCAGUGCCCCCCAUGCACUGCUUAUGCCAAGCUUCGGCCAGUGAAUGUAUUUGAUGCAUUGGAUGUGAAAGCCGAGAUUGAUGAGGUCAGGAUCCCUCUUGCCCAGUUGGUCGCAUCCUCAGCCAAAGCUGAGAAGUCUUUGAGGUCUGCAAAGGACCAAAUGAAAAAGCAGAAGACUCGACUGGCUGCAGCUGCCGUGAAGGAGGGUGCCAAGAAUGGAGCUUCGCAGUCCAACCAAUCCUUGCCCUUGUUUGACCAUGGAGUUGCUUUGGCCCAUCAGAUAAAGCGCUUUGACAUGAAGGACGUACAGGAAGACUUGGAUUUCAGCCAGGCGUUUGUGAUGCAUUCUCCUGAUUGGACUGCCAAGGCGGUCUCAGCGUUGAAAGCCGACAUCGAUGGCUUGAAAGCCACCAUUGCUAUUGGCGCAAAGUCUGGCAGCGGGGAAAGUCUUAAGGGCUUCCGUGCAUCAAAGACCAUCGCGCAAGAUGGCGAUGGGGCAAGCGUUGAAGCUUUGAAUUUCUCAACCAGGGUCCAGGAGCUCUUCCAGAAGACCAAAGCCUGCUUUCCUCAAGACAAGUUCGCCCCUGCUUUGGCAAAACAGGCAGUGCCAACCAUCUUUGGCAUUGAUGCAGGCUAUGACAAGGUGAGCGGAGAGGCAUGUGGCAUGGCUUGUGUGCGCCUCACAACUGAAGGAGUGCGGACAAUUGUGCUGACAGAAGGUUUGCAGCUCUUGGGGUUCAUGGAGCGGAAAGGUUCAUCUGCUCCCGUCAGUGUGAGUCGGCAGGCUUCCUUUUUCCGAAGCAUGAGUGCUUCUUUGCUGCAAGAGUAUGCUUCAGAGUGCUCCUUGUAUGCCACCACUUUGAAUGCUGGUGACCUGCUGUACGUUCCAUACGGCGCGAUCCAGGGUGAGCUGGUGCAGACAGCUUCAUACGGUGUGCGGAUGCCUCUGGUGGUUUGUGGCACUCGCGCCAAAAAUUCUUCUUUGGCCUUGAAACGGAGGGAAGAUGAAUGCGCAAAGGCUAUGGCUGCUACCAACUUGACACCUGCGAUAAAGACAAAGUUGGAAAGCGAGAUGGCAGUUUUGAAGGACCUUCGGAGCUUCUUCAAUGUCUGA